AUGAAUCGACAAUUAUCAUUAUCGUGUGAUAACCAAUUUUUCCCAAUGCAUUCUUAUUCUCAUCAGUUGAAUGAACAAUUUUUAUGCAUGAAAACAAAACCAAUUAUUAGAAAUUCUUCAAUAAUAAAUCAAAACUUAUUUUUGGAAUCACAUAAUCCCUAUAUUCUGUCUUCCAUAUGUCAUCAUCCUUCUCAUGAUCUUAAUAAAACUCAAAUAUUUCGUUCUAAUUCAUCAUCAUUAUCAACAAUAAAUCGUCAUUUAUCAAUGCCAUCCUAUGAUCAAUUUUCUUCAAUGCAUCAUCGAUUUGAAGAGGAUUAUCCAUUACGUAUUCAUGUUGGAAAUAUACCAUUUCUAUGGACUAUUGAUGAUUUAUGUAAACAAUUUCUAGUAUUUGGAUCAAUCAAAGAUCCUGAAAUCGUUUCAAAUGAACGUGGUUCAAAGGGAUUUGGAUUCAUUACGUUUCUUCGUCAUAGUGAUGGUUUAAAUGCAAUUCGUGUUAAAAAUGGUUCUAUUGCUGAUGGUAGAAAGAUAACACAUCUUCUCGAUCAUCAACUCGAAUAA